GCAUGGAAAUCUGUAGGUGGGAAGUGGAACCAAGUUUCAGCUUUGUGUAUCUGUCAAAAUGAGAAGACGGUGCCUCGGAGUAAAGAUAGGGCACCUGGGGUUCAUUCAUCAUUUUUUAACCCUUUCAGAAAUGACCUAUUACCCAGGCAAAGCAAAGCAGUGACCAGUGGCACCAUAGAUUAAACACGAUCUGAGGUGAAUCUGGGGAAGCUAGAUUAUCACCAGCUGUUACAGUAAUUUUACCUUUUCCACUGUGGCAGUGCCCAAGGGCCCAGACCUUUGGGAUGGUGUUUAAAGGCAAAACUGGGUGACUUAGAAAGAGGAGUCUGGUGCCUGCCAUGAUUUAAGCAUACAUAAACAAAGGAGCAGUCACUGUGCAUGGCACUGGAUAUCCUCAGGCAUGCUGGUGCCUGUUUUUCUCUGUGCUUUACAGGCAGGGCCAUUUGUGGGCUAAAGACUAUUAAGCAGGAAAAGAUUGUUUAUGGAAAGGCUUAAAUUCUUUAUAAAGGAAUCCCAGCCUAUACUGAAAAUGUGGUGUGGCUCCACUAAGCAGAAAUUAAAAAUGCUUUCUCUGACUUGAGAGUGUUGCAGUGACUGAUACACCGAUGAGACCCAGACAGCUCCUCUUCAUUGCCAAAUUCUCAGGGUUGCAGCUUGUCCUGUGUGAUAGGAAAAAAGCCACCUUGCCAUGCUUUAUCCUAGGCAAGAACUGAUAGCACAGUAAAACUGGAAUUGUAUCACAUCAGUGCCCGAGUGAUUUAUUGCGAUCUAAGGCACUAUGUCUCACCUUGGAUGCACGAGUUCCAAGGAGAAUUUCGGUUUUCACAAGGCGGCAUUAAAUGGCCAGGGAUGGCAAUGGGUACCAAAGGUGGCUGCCACGUGCUGCCAUGAGGCAAUGCAGGCAGUGACAUCACUGCAUGCCUUGUCCUGACUCAUGUCUCAGCCUGGGGGAGUUACUCUAAGGAAGUCUCCUGCAGCUUUCCACUUACUGAAUUCGUCUUCUGGGCAGCACUGGGAUGGAAAAUGAUUGCUUCUGCUCCAGGCAUCUAAUGCAACCAUGCCAUGAAUUUUCUUAUUUGCUCCCAGUCCAGAAAAUGCAACACAGCUCCACAGGAUGCACUGAAUAAAUAUUAAUAUUGCUGUCCUUACUCCCUGAGCUCAUUUUUGCUCUUGGUGAAUUGAUUCUCAUUUACUCUGUGAAUACAAAGUGAGCAGUUUUGUUAAACCUCACAGUUGCUCUAACCUGCAGAGAAAAGCUUGGUGUCAUCUAUCUCAUUCCCUGUUUUCCAAGACACACACAGAUGAUUUGCAGAGUUACUGGGCUUCAAACCAGGUGUCUGAUAAACAAUCCGCUUCUGACAUAGUGGAAUGCAGCUGCUUUUGCAUUCUCCAGCAGAUUUCAAUGUGCCUGUGGCAGUAGUAAAUAUUAAAUCAUAAAUAGCAUCUGUACAAGAUGCUCUUCUUCCUUCCUCAUUUUGACAGACACUUGUCAGGAGCCACAGGAACACGAAUGUAGAGCACAGACACCCAGUUACCAAGCAGUGUUUCAUUACCGUAUGUUAAUUAUAUUUUUGAGAAGUUCUAGGAAAUCAGGAACAUAAAACAUGCAGGCAUCUUCUUUCCAUUGAUCAGAGAGCUGUGCAGCACAGCUGCAACUUCUCCCAAGUCUUUACUGCAGGAAGGAUUCUGGAAAAAAAAAAAAAAAAAAAAAAAAGCCUCUGGGGAUAGCUGGAAUAAACUCUACUCAAGUUCAGCAUUCAACACGAUGUUUCUGUGUCUUAGGAACAAAUGAGUGGCAAGUUCCAGGCAAGGCCCAGCUGGCUAAGUGCAAGUUUUCUAGUAUAGCUAGGAACUGGAUUGGCUCUUUGGCUGCCAAGCCCACCUCCAGUAAUUAGAAGCUGAAUUAGAAGCUAAUUGACUCUCUGCAAUUCACUUCCAGUGCUCAUUGUCACUUUGAUAUUUAAAGUACUUGUAAAACUGAUGAAUCUGUACUUGUGAUUUCUCUGAAGUGAGAAACUAAAACAAGUUCCAGAUAAGUAGCUGGGUGAUAAUUAUCUGUUAAUAUUGUUCUACAUGUUGAUUUUGGUAAUGGCUGUAUUUUAUUAAGGACUAAUGAGUCAUCUUCAGUGCUUCAAGUCCAGGUGACAAGGAAAAACCCAGCAAAGGACAGUUACAGCCCACGGCAGCAGCAGCAGCAGCAGCAGUGCUGUGGGUGCAGUUCUGUUAGUUACCCAAAGCCUCCUGAGGAGAUGACAUUUGGAGAUCAGCUGAGUGAUGUUUGUGGAGCAAGCUCCUCUCAGGAAAAUUAAGGAAGCAGAAAUGCAAAUGCCCAGCACUCGGCUCCUGCAGGCAUUUGGAACGCAGUCGGCUUUGCCAUUCGUUUACAUUUUCAUUUUUUCAGGAAAGUGGUCGCAUUGGCCGUUUCUUGUGUAACUCCAGAGGGCAAUUUUGUAUUUUUGUUGUAUUCCCUUUGGAGCAUGCUGAUUGUUUGCCUCCCUGCAAGCUUUCCAGAGAUCUCCCCUGAGGAGCUGCACCUGGCGUAUUAUAACUGCAGUGCAAUGGAGAGCACAGGAUACUAUGUAAGUAUUCAGAACAACUGAGCUUUCUGUGGACACGCUCAGGGUAGCAGUGGUUCCUGUUCUUCAGGUGGCUGCUCUUGACUCAUUGAAUACCAAUGCCCUCAUACGUUCACUUUUCUGUGCAGGGAGUAGAAAACAGCAGGAGCUGCUGGCCUGAAGGCUUUGCCAUAACUGAGCAACCUGAUGUGGCCAUAGGUGACCCUGUUCAGUGCAGGGGAAUUGGGUCAGAUGGCUUUAAAGGUCCCUUCUGACUCAAACAGGUCUAUGAUUCUCCCUGCCCCUUUCUGAUAACUGCGUGGCACAGGCCUCACCAAUGAUGCAGCUACAAAACGUAUUAUCCAAAGCAGGAGUUUCUGCUCAUAAAGUGGGGCAAAACCUGAAUUGCCCAGUCUGAAAUUUCCUUGCAGUAGCUCAGAUCACUCUUGUUCCCCCUUUUAAAGAAGGCAAAGGGGGGGGAAGGGGGGGAAAGGGACCCAAAUAAGAAAAAAACAAAAGCCAUGCUUAACAAAAGCAUGUUUGUGUUUUCCCACGUUUAGAUAAACGCUGUCCAUCAGUAUGUGCAACAAUGGAGAAACAGGCUGCAGGAGCUGAAGGCUUUAAAUGCCUGGAGAACAGCAUCGAUGGCUCUCCAGCCAACAGCAGCAGCGGUGCUGCCCGCUUGUUUGCAAAUCCCAGCGUCUCAUCUGGAAGCGCUCCAGCUGUGGGGAGCUCUGCUGCUGCCUCCAGUCCUCCUGCCCUCGGGGUGACGUCCUCCCACAGCUGUCCCCAUCCUGUUGGGACUGGGGAUUCUGCAGCUCCAUCCGCAGCCUGCUCCUCACUUAACGCUCCUGGAACGGCCGCUGCAUGGACUUCUGGGCUUCCGGGCCCUGCGAGCCCUGCUGCGGCAAAUCCUUCCAGCACCGCUCCGCUUGCUGUCGCUGCUCCCAAGGCAGCUACAGAACCUUCUCACCUGGGUGCAAGCAGUGCUUUGGCCGCACCGACUGCCAGUGCCUCUGCACACAGCGCCGCGUCUGCGCCUCCUGCUCCACACGGCAUCAGAGCAGGGCAGUUACACACACCGAAGAUGGAACUAACAGCCGGAGAGCUGGAGCAGUUCAGAGCCAAGAAGUUCAAGCUAGGAAAGGUCCUUCUGAAGCCACCACCAGCAGACCUUUUGUAUGAUAAGGAUUUAAGUUAAUUCUGAAGUUAUAUGCCUUAAUUAAAUAUAAAUUAAUGCAUUACAUUAUAUUAUUUACAUAGGCCUCAAUUAAAUAGAAAUAAAUAUACUAUAUUAUUUACAUAUGUCUUAGUUAAAUAGAAAUAAAUAUAUUUUAUUAUAUUAUUUACAAAAUAUAUAAAUAAAAGUUGUUCUGUGACUCUUCCAAUAAACAAUGUUGUGAUGGAGCAGUGAGUUGGAAUGCUUUUCUGUGACUUAAGUUCUCAUUUAAUUUCUUUAGUCUUUUGUAUAAUCAGUGAUGAUCCAGGUGUUAUAAGUAAGAAACAUACAAGAGAGUUUGGCUAAGCAGGUUAUUACACCAAAAAGAAUAGAUAAAGGGCUUACCCUUA